UCGUGGGGCCGGUGCUCGGUGCCACCUGCCGAGGAGGAGCAGAGCGGGAGGCAGCAGCCGUGCUCGGAGAACAAUAAAGCUGGCCCGUGCCGGUUCGGUGGCGCCCAGCGGCACAUGCAGAGCGUCCUCAGGGACUCCGUGGAGAGCUCCGAUGAUGAAUUCUUCGAUGCACGAGAAGAGAUGGUGGAAGGAAAAAGUGCCAUUCUUAUAGGCAUGAGCCAGUGGAACUCAAAUGACCUUGUUGAGCAGAUAGAAACAAUUGGGAAGCUGGAAGAAAAUCAAGGUGAAGAGUCUGCGUUUUGCUCAUCUGGCUUUCUGCAGGAAAAACAAUGUGAAUUAUAUAGAGCCUCUUUAAGAAAACAAAGGUUCCCUGCACAAGGUAGUGUUGAAAUACACGAGGACAAUGAGGAAGGAGUUCAACACCAGAACUGCAAAACUCAUGUGUUAAUUUUGAUCCUACAUGGAGGGAACAUCUUAGACACUGGAGGUGGGGACCACAGCAGCAAGCUGGCAGACAUCAACACCUUCAGUUCUGUGUUUGAGAAGGUUACCCGAGCCCAUUUCCCUGCCUCUUUGGGUCAUAUCCUAAUGAGACUUGUUCCCUGCCCAGCAAUCUGUUCAGCAGCUUUCUCUCUUGUUUCCAACCUAAAUCCCUACAGCUAUGAUGAGAGCUGUCUCAGCAGCAGUGAAGACCACAUCCCACUGGCUGCCUUGCCUUUGCUGGCUGUUUCAUCCCCUCAGUACCAGGAUGCCGUUGCCAUGGUGAUCAGCAGAGCCAAUCAAGUUUACAACGAGUUUCUCAAAUCUACAGAUGGGGCUGGUUUUAAUGGACAGGUGUGUCUCAUAGGUGACUGCAUUGGAGGAAUUUUGGGCUUUGAUGCCAUCUGCUAUAAUUCUAAUACAGCUGAUGAGAGUCGAAACAGUAGCAGGAGAGGAAGCAUCAGCAGCAUCCAGGAUAAUCCCCUCUUAGCAGAGGACUCCAGUCUGGGUGACAGCAAACACCUGAGCAAAAGCAAUAUUGACAUCUCGGGAAUCAUGGAGGAUGAGGAGCCAAGGCAGCCGUUGCCUCGGAAACAAAGUGACUCCUCCACCUAUGACUGUGAUGCUAUAGCCCAGCAUCAUGCUCUCCUGUCUAGCAUCCACUCAAGUGUGUUGAAAGAUGGUGCAGACCUUCCUCCUGUGGAUUCCAGUCUCUCAGAAGUAAACCUGGGCCGAUUUGAAUUUGAGGUGUCUGAUUUCUUCCUCUUUGGGUCGCCACUUGGUUUGGUGCUGGCCAUGAGGAGCACUGUUCUGCCUGGACUGGAUGUGUGCCAGGUCCGACCAGCCUGCAGCCAAGUGUACAGUUUCUUUCACUCUGCUGACCCCUCUGCCUGCAGACUUGAACCAUUGCUGGAAAAAAGAUUCCAUCUUCUUCCUCCAUUCAGUGUCCCACGGUACCAGAGAUACCCACUAGGGGAUGGAAGAUCUCACCAAUUAGGUGAUGCUCUCCACAACCACAGUGCUCUGUUCCUUGAGAACAGCUCUUUGAACAUACCUUUCUCUCAGGAGAGUUCUGGAUCUCCAAAUACAUCUGAUCAACCACAAGGGAAAACAAGAAAGUUGAGCUUGGCCAGCACAAACAGUGAAAACUCAGGGUCAACAGAAAGCUUGCCAUCAGCAUGCCUCACCAACAUUACUGCAAAGUGGUGGGGAACAAAACGAAUAGAUUAUGCCUUGUAUUGUCCAGAUGUGCUGACAGCCUUUCCAACGGUGGCCCUUCCGCAUCUCUUCCAUGCCAGCUACUGGGAGUCAACAGACGUUGUGGCUUUCAUUCUAAGACAGGUGAUGAGGUAUGAAAAUACAAAUUUCAAGGAAAAUGACAACCUGGAUCCAGAAACACUAAGUCCCUCUAAUCCACGAGAAAAAUGGCUACGCAAAAGGACACAUGUCAAAUUGAGAAAUGUGACUGCUAAUCACCGAGCUAAUGAUGUCAUUGCAGCAGAAGAUGGUCCUCAGGUACUAGUUGGGCGCUUUAUGUAUGGACCUCUGGACAUGGUGGCUUUAACAGGCGAAAAGGUGGAUAUCUUCAUAAUGACUGAGCCAUCUUCGGGUAGGUGGGUGUACUUUGACACAGAGAUAUCCAACAGCAGUGGCCGGAUAUCAUACAACAUACCUGAACAGAAGAGACUGAGAGUUGGUGUGUAUCCCAUCAAAAUGGUGGUCAGAGGGGACCAGAGCAGUGCUGCAAGUUACCUGACGGUACUUCCCCGAGGAAUGGAAUGUGUUGUGUUCAGCAUUGAUGGUUCAUUUGCAGCAAGUGUUUCAAUUAUGGGAAGUGACCCCAAAGUCCGAGCAGGGGCUGUUGAUGUUGUCAGGCAUUGGCAGGACCUGGGAUAUCUGAUUAUCUAUAUCACUGGCCGUCCAGAUAUGCAGAAACAGCGUGUGGUUUCAUGGUUGUCUCAACACAACUUCCCACAAGGGAUGAUCUUCUUCUCAGAUGGACUGGUUCACGACCCACUGCGACAAAAGACCAUUUUUCUCCGGAAUCUCAUGCAAGAGUGCCACAUCAAAAUCUGUGCCGCAUAUGGUUCCAUGAAGGAUAUUUCUGUGUACAGUGUCUUGGCUCUGUCACCAUCCCAGAUCUACAUAGUUGGACGACCCACAAAGAAAUACCAGGCACAGUGUCAAUUCCUCAGUGAAGGUUAUGCAGCCCACUUGGCUUCGCUGGAGUUCAGUCUCCAUUCACGACCCAAAAAGAACAACUCUCGGAUGAUCUUGAGAAAAGGUAGCUUUGGCCUCCACUCCCAACCUGAGUUUCUGCGCAAGAGGAACCACCUCCGCAGGACUAUGUCUGUGCAGCAGCCUGACCCACCUUCCUUGAACCCCAAGCCAGAGCGUGCCCAGAGCCAACCUGAAUCAGACAAAGAUCACGACAGGCAUUUGCCCUCCAUUGCUUGGGUUCGAGGUGUUCACAAAUUUGAAUCUGUUCCCUAGGAAGAUUGGGAAUGUAGAUCUUGGGUGCACCCCAUUAAACUUGUAGGCAUGCCUCAAAGAUAAUAUUUAGGCAGCUCCAAACUAAGAGAUGUAGACGGGAACCUGUACCUCGGAGUCUUCCCUGUUCUGAAAUCUGCCUUCUUAUACCAAGUGGGGAACUUGCAGUUUGCUCCUCUUGUCAUGUUUAUUGGGAGAUUUUAAAAACAACCUACAACUAUUGCAAGUGGUUACAACAUCAAAGCAAAAGGAAAUAUCUUUGAUUAUUUUUUACAAUAUGUGCAAUAAGAGAAAGAGCUAAAGCAGGCUGAUUUUACUCAGAAGAAGGGUUGUGGUAUGAGCUAACUAGCUGCAUCCAAACCAGUAUAAAAUGGUAGGCUGCAUAGGUUACAGAGAAGGUUUACACUUUAAAUAGUCCUAUCUGUUUCCACUUUUCAGUAAAGUGGCACACUUGCAAGGGAAGCAGAGAUGAGAACUACAAUAACAGGUGGUCAGAGUUUGUAUAACAAUAUGCUUUUUGGGUGCUUUAAGCCCAAGAUUUCCUUUCAGCUUGCAGUGAUGGUAAACAGACUCCAACAUCGGCACUCAUGUUUGUGUGAGGUGCUGGACAAAUAAAUAAGAACUUCACUUAUGAACCAAAUUAUAAAAACUUCAUGUUAAAAAUAAAUGUGUCUGCCACAGUUUGAAGCAGUUAGUGUUGCUAUAAACAAAUAAUGUGCAACUGUACGAAGAUCACACUGUUUUGUGGAAUUUGGUGACUGUGCAGAAAUGUGUGGACUACUUCGGUAAGGAGAUGGCCUUUGCCCAUCUCAGUCCGAGAGUCAGAUCUUAAGAGGGUAAGCUAAAAGCAACCCUUUUACUAAGGGAUCUGCAAACUCCAGGGGAAUCUUUACACUGGAGGAAAAGAAAAGUAAUGAGGUAUAUCGGUGAAUUGUUUACCUUCUCAUGCUUUAUAGCAACUGCUGUGUUAAGACAAUCUGUAGCAUUCAGAAUUACAGCAUUUGAGCUUCAGAGAAUGGACACACCAAAUUACGGGUGCCAAAUAGACAUUUUUCUACAGAUUUAAAUUUCUAUCUGAUCUCCCACUGGACUUACUAGAAGUAAAAUAUGUGACAUUUUCCUUAAGUAGUAUAAGUAGUAAUAUUUCUGAAGUGUUGUAGUUAGUUUAACAUAGUAGCAGUUUGCAGAUUCUUCAUGCAGAUACUUCCACUGAGAGAAAUUCAUCAAGAGAACUUUCAUGACUGAAUUGAUGCAUGUUUUAAAACCUGCAAUGAAGUUACAAGUGCACAAAAAAACCCCUUUUUUAAAAAGUUACAAGACUAUUGACACCGAGAAAGCUCGAAGUCAAUAGGACAUUUCUUUUUCAGGUUGGUUUGUUAGUUUUUAAUUUCAGGGAAUUGGGGUGGAGAGGGUGUUGUGCCUCUCCACUCCCCUUUCAGGUUUUUGUAUACCAGAAACAGUCUCUCAACAAGUUGGUUAAUGAUUUUGAUAGUUGACGGUAAAACAAGUAAGAAAUGCGAUGGAAAACUGUCAAGACACUGCAGAAGUAAACCUAAGUCUCUACUCCCUGUUAACCCUAAAGUUUCAGUGUGCUUUUGGAAGGGCAUAGGAAUGCAGCUUUUGACUUAAAAGGC